GCAGGGCGGCCUAUCGGAGCUUGGCCCCCUAGACUCCUGCCUUCCCGGCUCCGGCGGGGAGGGGUAUCUGCAUUCCCCUCAGUUCCAAAGAAGAGGGGGCCUUGGUCACCAUGGGAUAGUCAGUGGAGCCUGUUUUCCAUCCGUAUUUUGGAAGAGCGUGGCCUGCAGAGACAGCCUGGGUCAAGUUGAGAAAAUACUCAGGUUGGACCAGAGCGUAUCGGGCCCUGGAACCCUCCUUGCUGGGCCCCCUUCUCCAGACCUUUCCUUGGGCUUCCCACAGUCCCUCGCUUGGAUCUCUGCAUGGAAGUCACCAUACAAGGUCGUGGGGAGUCCUAGGAACAUUCAACACAGGGAGGAAGCAGUGGCUGCCAUGGAAGAGGAUAAGCUUCCAUCUGGGGAAGGUGGUACUGCCUGGGACCCCAGCCUGGAGCAUGAGGAAGAACCUGGAGUCCAGAAUGGAAUGACACACAGUCAGGACCUGAACAGUAGCUAUAACAGCCCAGGGCAUGAGAUGAGGGGCACUCUAGUGGACACUGAGGAGUCCAUGCAGGGCCCAGACAUGGCCCUUCGUGGCCUCAGCCUUGGCCUUUCCUUUACCAAUGGCCCAGUCCUGGGGCCAGACUCAAAUACUCUGGAAGAUUCUGCAGAGUCCAGGGCCUGGAGGGUUGGUGGGAUGGCAGAGGGGGACAAUGCUCCCAGGAAUCUCUGUCUGGACACUGAGGAUCCUCAGCUGGGCAAGAGAAGGCCUACUGAGGCUGUGGUGUCAGCUCCUGCUGGAACUGGGCAGAGGGCAGCUGGCUGUGACUCCAGCUUUAUCUCUCUCAGGCUGGGUGGCCCUGGAGAGCCAGAUGUGCGGGAUGGCUUCAGUGCCACGUUUGAGAAGAUUGUGGAGUCGGAGCUGCUGAGGGGCACCCAGUAUAGCAGCCUUGACUCCCUGGACGUGCUGAGCCUCACGGAUGAGAGUGACAGCUGCGUCAGCUUCGAGGCCCCCCUGACACCCCUCAUCCAGCAGCGGGCCCGCGAUAGCCCUGAGCCAGGGGCUGGCUUGGGCACUGGGGAAAUGGGGCCUGAGGGGGACAUGGGAGCAGCUGGUGGUGAUGGGGAGCUGGGCAGCCCCCUAAGGCGCUCCAUCUCCAGUAGCCGAUCAGAGAACGUUCUGAGCCGCCUAUCUCUCACAGCCGUGCCCAAUGGCUUCCAUGAAGAUGGACCCCAGGGUCCAGGUGGGGACGAGGAGGAGGAGGAGGAGGAGGAGGAGGAGGACAAGGAGGACACAGACAAGUUGCUGAACUCAGCCAGUGACCCCAGCCUAAAGGAUGGCUUUUCAGACUCGGACUCAGAACUUAGCAGCUCGGAGGGUCUGGAGCCUGGCAGCACAGACCCGCUGGCCAACGGGUGCCAGGGGGUCAGUGAAGCUGCUCGCCGGCUGGCCCGUCGCCUCUACCACCUUGAGGGCUUUCAGCGCUGUGACGUCGCCCGGCAGCUAGGCAAGAACAAUGAGUUCAGCAGGCUGGUGGCCGGGGAAUAUCUCAGCUUCUUCGACUUCUCAGGCCUGACUCUGGACCGAGCGCUCAGAACCUUCCUGAAGGCCUUCCCACUGAUGGGGGAGACACAGGAGCGUGAGCGGGUCCUUACCCACUUCUCUCGCCGGUACUGUCAAUGCAACCCAGAGGACAGCACCUCGGAAGAUGGGAUCCACACACUCACCUGUGCUCUGAUGCUGCUCAACACGGACCUGCACGGACAUAACAUUGGCAAGAAGAUGUCCUGCCAGCAGUUCAUUGCCAACUUGGACCAGCUGAAUGAUGGCCAGGACUUUGCCAAAGACCUGCUGAAGACUCUUUACAACUCCAUCAAGAAUGAAAAGCUGGAAUGGGCCAUUGAUGAGGAUGAGCUGAGAAAAUCACUGUCUGAGCUGGUGGAUGACAAGUUUGGGACAGGCACCAAGAAAGUGACACGGAUCCUGGAUGGUGGGAACCCCUUCCUGGAUGUCCCGCAGGCUCUCAGUGCUACCACCUACAAGCAUGGUGUGCUGACUCGGAAGACUCACGCUGACAUGGAUGGCAAGAGGACACCCCGUGGGAGGCGUGGCUGGAAGAAAUUCUACGCGGUGCUCAAAGGGACCAUCCUGUACCUGCAGAAGGAUGAGUACAGGCCUGACAAAGCUCUGUCUGAGGGUGACUUGAAGAAUGCCAUUCGUGUGCACCAUGCUCUGGCUACCAGGGCUUCUGACUACAGCAAGAAGUCCAAUGUGCUCAAGCUGAAGACGGCUGACUGGAGGGUCUUCCUCUUCCAGGCACCGAGCAAAGAAGAAAUGCUGUCCUGGAUCCUUAGGAUCAACCUGGUGGCUGCCAUCUUCUCAGCCCCAUCCUUCCCCGCUGCUGUCAGCUCCAUGAAGAAGUUCUGUCGGCCCCUGCUACCCUCCUGCACCACUCGCCUCUGCCAGGAGGAGCAGCUGCGUUCCCAUGAGAAUAAGUUAAGGCAGGUGACUUCAGAGCUGGCUGAGCACAAGUGCCACCCCAUUGAGAGGGGAGUCAAGUCCAAGGAGGCUGAGGAAAACCGGCUGAAGGAACACUAUCUCACUUUCGAGAAAAGCCGUUAUGAGACCUAUAUCCACCUCCUGGCGGUGAAAAUCAAAGUGGGCUCAGAUGACCUGGAGCGGAUUGAGGCCCGGCUGGCCACCUUGGAAGGGGAUGAUCCUUCCCUCCGCAAGACACACUCAAGCCCAGCCCUCAGUCAGGGCCAUGGAACUGUGACUGGCAGCAAAGCUACAAAGGAUACCACUGGGCCUGAUACUUAGCUGGCAUUGAUAGGCAGGCCCCAGAGGCAGGCAAGUGUUGCCAGAGGGGUCAGUGAGCACAAUUCCAGCCAGGGGCCACUUGUACCAGCUCCAGGCAAUUGACAGGCAGCCAGAGGGGUGCAGAGAGCCCCAUGGGCCAAGGAGACGGAGAUGCUAUUCAUGGCGUUGGUCUUCUUGCAUCCUGGGGUUUAUCUGGGCCUCAUACUUUCUCCUCAGCCCUCAUGUUCCUCUCCACCACGGAGCCUCAUUUUGUAGGCCAGUCGUGUGCAUGCUCUAGACACAAUGUCACUGGAGAAGGAGGAAGGGCAGCUGACCUUGCAGACCCUCCCCUUCUCACAAGUUCCUGUCAUCUCCCUGUUUCCAUUCCAAGGGCAGGUCUGGAUCCCUACCUGUUCUCUUCCCUCCUCAGACUUGACCAGCAGCAGGUCGGCAGACCACCAGUACCAUCCUCUCCUCCCUCCACCCAGUAGCUUCUGCAACCACGCCUUGUUCUCCUGCCUCCCUUUGCAAUAAUCCAGGACCUGGGCCUGCUCCCUCAACAUCAAGCUGUCUACUCGUGUGUACAUUCGCCUCACCUUCCAUUUAUAGAGGCCAUUACUGCUUUCUUUUAUAUGGACAAAAAUGUAUAUAUAUAAAAGAAUAUAUAUAUGGAGCUCCUUUAGAGAUGAUUUUGGAAUUGAUGUCAAAAUGAAAGAAGGAAAAGCCUAUACGAGAACUCCACCUGUUAGCAAGGAGGGCUGCCAUCUGGCCUCUUGGUAGCCCAGACACUCUGGGAGGGAAGGUGGAGAUAGUGCUGACCUCUUCUCCUCCCAUUUCCCUUCUCCCGGCUGACCUGGGACUUCCACUGCUCUUCCAGUUGAUGCUUUGGAAUGAAUAGACCGUGUGUGCAUACGCCACCCCAUCUUGUUCCACAGGCAUUCUGGGGUAUGAGUAGGGUGGGACCAUGGCCCUGUUUAUAUUUUGGUCUUUAUGUUGAUGCUGCCAGGUCUCUGAGCUCCAGAGGUGGCUUCUUGUACAGAUCUACUGCUACUGCUACAGGAAUAGAAGAUACUCUGCCUUGCAAACAGCCACUUGUCAACAAGCCCAAAGAUGUUUGGUGGAGGAGGGUUAUGGAAGCCAUUAAUUUCUGCUCUUGGGAAAUGGUGGAGUAAGAAGUUGCUGAUUGUUUUUUAAGUUGACAUUUCUUUCACUCUUCUGGUGACCCAGGAAUGCUAGCUAAGGACAGGCCUGGGAAGGAGAGAAAAAUUUGCCAUGUGAUGACCACUGACUAGUAUCCUGUAAGCCCUGAAUUCCUCAGACUGACAAGUGGUGGGGGUGAUGGUUCCUUUAAUGAGCUAUGAUGAGCAGAUCCUUAUAUAUUUAAAAAUAGGUUAGUUGGGGCAGCAAUUUGACCUCAGUGAUAACAUAUUUAGUUAGUUGCAAGGUUGACUUGUCUUAUUAAGUACCUAACAUUUACAAGCACGCUCACAUUUGAUACAAGGGAUGACGUAUGAGUCUGUGGAAAUAUGUAGUGAUUUAAAUCCAGAUUAUUUAAUUUGGAUCCACUGAAGUGUAUUUUAUAACCAAACCAUCUGGCCCCUUAAUUUUGCUGAGGGGAAGUAAAUGUUCACUUAAAUGAAAUCGAAAGAGCAAUGUAACACAAAAGAGCUCUCUGUACUUUCUCCAUUCUGGCUCUAAGGUCUUUGAUUUUGAGGGUCAGCUUCCCACCUUAAUGAGGGUGGAUGAGUGAAAGCAGAGGAGCAACCUUCUGUCUGCUGCAGACAGAUAUGCUUCCCUGAGCACUAGUGAUGUCUCCCAUCAGUAAAAAAUCUGUUGGUCACUUUCUUAAUUGUAUAAUUAUUUAUUGUAAAUUAUAUACAUGUACUACUGUACUAAAAUAUGUACAUUAUAAAACAUACACAAAAAUAGAAAUUUAAAAAGAUGAGAUGAAAAUAAAUCUAAGAGUUCUAAUAUUUCUUUCCUACAUUCUAAUGGGCCAUCAUAUUCCCCCCCAAUUUCUGCCCCUAAUAUGCCCAUUUUCCAGGACUGUCCAAUUCCCGGGGCUGGAGGACUACAGGUGCGAAGCAGCAAGUGGUUUGCGCCACCUGGUGGUCCUGGGAAGUGGCUUCGGGCUCAGGGACUUCUGGGGGCUGACCCUUGACCACAGUGUUGAACCUUCAUUUUCUCAUUCACUGAAAGUCACCAGUGCUGCACACUGUGCUGGGUGUUGAGGAUAGUGUGGUGAGGAAAGGACUGAGCAGCUCCCUGUCCACAUGGGGCUCACAGUCUAGUGGGGAGGACAGGCCGUCACUUUACCAUUUGGGACCUUGGGAGCACUGGGGACAAAGCCAAAACUGACCUGGAAGAGAGAAGAUAGAACUGGAGGAGUGAGGAAGAAGACAGUGACUCAGGAAGCGGCCUGAAUGUCCUAAGUGCUCCUGGCGGACAAGGUGGUAGUAGGGAAGUCACUAAACAGGGCUAUACCUCUUCCUGAUGGGUCUAUACUAAAGAUGCCCCGAAGCAGAAUGGAAGAAGAGCCUCUCCAGACACACCUGCCUCCAGGUCCCAUUCACAACCGUGAAAUGAAUGGGUGGUGAAUUCGAUUAGGCUCUGGCCUUCAACUCUUGACUCUCAUAGGUGUUUUAGAGUCCACAGCAGAUAACCAAGCUACCAAAUUAUUUGAUACAAGUACCUGGGGUCAGGAAAAUGCCAGGGGGUUCACCAGGAAGUCAGUCACAAUUACUGGGGUUCACUGGAGUCACAGGUGGUUUCUGACUAAAAAUUUAGAAGGUAAUAGCAACUCAGAAGGGUCAAAUUUGACACUGAGGGGUUGUGGAAAGGCCUAUGGAUUCACCAAGAGGUCGUUCACAAUUAUUGGGAUUCACAUAGAGGUCAGAAGUCACAUAGAAGAAUUAGUGGCUGUCAGAAAAUUUUAAAGCCAACAGCAAACUCAGAGCCAGCAAAGGGAUUUGGAUGAGAUCACCAGAUGGGGCCUGGGAGAGGUCAGUGAUUUGCAGGUCUAUAUACCAUUUAGUUGAUUAUUUCCUCUGUUUCUUUGUAACAAGUGCUUUUUCCCCCAGCACCCCCACAGUGAACACAAUGACUUUAGUUCUUUCUUUACUUUUCCCCACCACCUCCCUUUCAUCCAGUUUUUGCCACUCUGUGUGAUUCAAGAAUGCAAGGCACAGGAUACCACCACCACCACCAUCAUCAUUAUCAUCAAAUUAGCGAUUAGUAGGCAUCAUGUGCCAGAAGUAAUUCUGGGUACAUUUUCGCAUGCGCGCGCACUUGUCAGCCACCUGAGCCCUUUGGAUAGAAGACUCCCUUGUGUCUGGCUGGAACAUAAGGAUUCCUGGCACUGGGCACUGGUUUAAUAAAUGAAUCAAUGAGAGAAAAGGCUUCUUAACCCUGGACCUCCAUCUGUCUUCUUGCCCUCAUCAGGGACUGCAGGUUUAGACAGGCCCUGGCUCUGAGGGGCUAUGAAUUUGGGAAUAGCACAACACCCUGUGGGCUUACAAGCUGCAGCAGCUGUGGUCUUCCUGGCAGCCAAAGGUACCCAUUAUGCCAUCUUGCAUGUCCAGGCCUUGCCUGUGACAUGCCUGAGGCCCCAAGGGUCAUCUUGCCUCAGCUGCCCCAGUGCCAACCCCACAACCCUUCCCUCCUCACCCACGUAGGCCGGAAAUUGUUGCCUCAUUGCAGCCCCAGUAGCUCCAGGGCAGGAAACGGGCCAGGUUUCUGAGGCUGAGCUCAAAGCAGAGGAAUAUGCAUCAGCCCCUUGGCCAGGUUCCCCAGCAGCCAGGGGGGAUACCUUGUGAAUAUUCUUGGAAGAAGGAGGAGGGUUGCAGCCUGUCCUGGGAGCUGGAGCCAGGGAGAUUAGAGGUCUCUUCCUCCUAGGCACUACCUUGGCCCUCUCCAGUCUCCACACCAGCAUCCAUCCAUCUCCACCCCAGGUCCUCAUUCUGUCUUCUCUCCUCAUCUGGGGGCUAGGCACACACAAUCAAACAUGAGUUAUUUCUGAUUUUAUUUAUAAUAUAAAAAUGUUCAAGUGUCAACAGUCAGGUGUUUGGACAUUUCAGGGCAGGGUUCCCAUUUGGUUGGUUUUUGUUUUUGUUUUUUUUUAAACAAUUACCUUUUUUGACAAAUUAGCAGUGGACCCAGUUUUGUGGGGGUGGGGGUGGGGAGGACGGGGGUGGAGAGGGAGUGGAAGUCAUAGGUGGCUUGGGGUCUGGAAGAGUUGGUGUUAUUUUAUUGCUAAAAGGGGAAUCAAAUACACUGUGGAGUGGCUCUUCUCGGUCCCAGUGUGACCAUGCAUCCAAUCUAAAGAAUCUGAAAUGCAAAGGACAUGCAGGCAUAAAAUAGAAAAGACAACCUGUAAACGAAGGUGCUGCAGAGGACGGAAGGGCAUCCUGGAGGCCAUAGGUGAGGAGGAGCCGCAACUUUGGGGCCCUGGCAGAGCUGCCCCCUCCCUGGCGCCGGGACUGUUGGGAAGACCUUUCUCAGUGCCCCCUCCCUUAUUAGCUGUAAGGAGCGGGGAGGCUCCCUCCCCUGUCCUGGUUGCUGUCGCUGGGACUCAAGUCUCCCCCUGAAUGUCACUUGACCCCAACUCCAGCUCCAAGCCUAGGAGCUUCAUGGGUCUGGGACUCAAGAUCCUGCCUGGGGGCAAGGCUACUCCUGGCCCCACUUCCUUCCUCAGGGCCAAUCCCCUCCCCGCCCCCACCAGCACCCAGCAGGCCUCUUCUUUGCCAGCUUCCUCUCAUCCUUGCCAGCUUGA